GUUGCUUUUGCGCGCGAACUCUUAAGUGUGAGGGUCCCGGGGUUGGAUCUGCGCUGGUCUCUGUGCGGACCCCGCGGGGACGCGACGACUUCGGGGGACUUGAACCCCUUCGUCACCCCGCCAUGGAAACCUCGGCGCACAAGCAGCAGCAGCAGCCCUCGGCGCCCAAGAUCAGGAACCUGCCCUGGGUGGAAAAAUACCGGCCACAGACACUGAAUGAUCUCAUUUCUCAUCAGGACAUUUUGAAUACCAUUCAAAAAUUUAUCAGUGAAGACCGAUUGCCACACCUGCUUCUCUAUGGUCCUCCGGGGACAGGAAAGACAUCCACCAUCCUAGCCUGUGCUAAACAGCUGUACAAAGAUAAAGAAUUUGGCUCCAUGGUCUUGGAGCUGAAUGCUUCAGACGACCGAGGAAUAGAUAUCGUUCGGGGACCAAUCCUGAGCUUUGCUAGCACAAGGACAAUAUUUAAGAAAGGCUUUAAGCUGGUGAUCCUGGAUGAAGCCGAUGCCAUGACUCAGGACGCCCAGAACGCCUUGAGGAGGGUGAUUGAGAAGUUUACUGAAAAUACCAGAUUCUGCCUCAUCUGUAACUACCUGUCAAAGAUCAUCCCCGCCUUGCAGUCCCGGUGUACAAGGUUCCGAUUCGGUCCCCUGACUCCUGAACUCAUGGUCCCACGCCUGGAACACGUCGCAGAGGAAGAGAAAGUUGACAUAAGUGAAGAUGGGAUGAAAGCCCUUGUAACUCUUUCCAGUGGAGAUAUGCGACGGGCUCUGAACAUUCUGCAGAGUACCAAUAUGGCCUUCGGGAAGGUGACAGAGGAGACUGUCUACACCUGCACAGGCCACCCACUCAAGUCAGACAUCGCCAACAUUCUGGACUGGAUGCUGAAUCAAGACUUCACCACAGCCUACAGAAGUAUCAUGGAGCUGAAAACUCUGAAAGGGCUUGCACUACACGAUAUCCUGACAGAGAUACACUUGUUUGUGCACAGAGUUGACUUUCCAUCUUCAGUUCGAAUACACUUAUUGACCAAAAUGGCAGAAAUUGAGUACAGACUUUCUGUUGGCACCAAUGAGAAGAUUCAGCUGAGUUCCCUCAUUGCAGCUUUUCAAGUCACCAGAGACCUGAUUGUCUCAGAGGCCUAGAUGCUGGCUGAGGACCAUUUACUGCAAUUCUCAGGCCCAGCAGUGGCUAGAGAACAGAGGACUUGGUUAUGGGACAAACUGCUGCCCAGGGUCAGGGGAUAAAGCCAUUAUCACCCCCACUCUUGGAAAAUUGUUGUUCCAGGCAUGGGUGGGAAGACGUAACAAAAGUACCGUGUUUGUGGCUGUUUGGAGCAGAGAUGUACAAAACAAUUUUAUCUACAACUGUCUUACUGACUGCCCACUGUGUUUUACAGGGAGAAAAAAGCAAACACCUUUAUUUCAACCGUAAGGCUUUUACCCUUUAGUUGCUACGUGACAGGAAGUCAGCCUACCCUUUAAUUUUGGACUGUAAGGCUUUCAAGUCUAUGGCCCCCAGGCCUUCCAACUCCAGAUAAACAGCAUCUCCCAAACCACAUGUAAUCCAUGACACUGUCUGUGUAGCUACUUUCAGAGUAGAUGUUAACAGAUAUCUGGCCCAAACUAUUAUACUCAUACAACAGACUCAUUUGUCUUACUUUAAAAACUGGUCUUUUUAUUUCUCCUCUUGAAGUAGAGGAUUUCCUAGCAGGCUCCUAAUUGUGGGUGGACAGUAGAGAAAACUUUCCAUUAAGCCAUUAGGGGUCAGAGGUUAUACAACACAGAUUUAAUGCAGGGAGGGCACAGGAGAUUAAGCCUGACUAACCCUGCCACUGCUGGAAGGAUUGGGGCCUGUGUACGGAUGUAGCAGUUUACCUUAUAGUAGUUGUGCUGUGUUUAAAAUAAAGCAUCUUUCUUGUUGGUUGUUA